AUGGCGGCAACAAAUAUUGUUAAGUCGAGUGUGUGUGAGUCGAGUGCUUCAAGGUCGUCGGUGGUGCUGCUCCAGACCAACAUCACUCGUCUGACAGCGAGGCUCAUACACGCCGCCGGCUACCAGCUUCACGAUGUUGAACAUUUAUCUAUUAUCGACGCGCCUAACUUGGAGUACGUUGCUGUUGAAGAUCUGACGAAAAUGCCUAAUCUCAAAUCACUGUUUAUAUCCCAAGCGCCCCUUCUACACAGGAUAGCACCACUGCCAGCGCUGCCCGAACUGCGCACUUUCAUCAUAACAACGUCCGGUCUACUUGAAGUUCCAAAUCUUAGCCACGUCCACGACAAUAACAGGAUCAACACCUCUCUACCAUAUUUACAAGCCGUUGACCUAGAAGGUAACCACAUUAAGCGUCUCCCUGCGCACGCGCUUCGUGUCCGCGCCGACCAAGUUUCGUUGAACUACAACUUGAUAGAGGAGGUUCCCGCGCACGCCUUCAAGAACUCACAGAUAUCUAAACUGAGCUUCAAAGGAAACACCAAACUAUCUAAGCUCGACGACCUGGCCUUCGCUGGAAACCUUUUAUUACGGCAAUUAGAUCUAAGUGACACGGCCAUUACGUCGCUGCCGACUAAGGGACUCGAGAAAUUGGAAAUACUGAGAAUAGAGAAGACACCUUCCUUGAAGUACAUACCAUCGAUAUAUGACUUCCAACACCUAGAGCGGGCGCAGCUGACCCACCACUUCCACUGCUGCGCGUUCUCGUUCCCAGAGAGACAUGACCCAGCGAGACACCAGCUGUACGAGACGCAGCUGGCGAUCAUGAAGAAGAGGUGCGGCAACAAUGAGGAAAAGAAAACACAAGAACCGAGAAAAAGAAGAGCCGUUAAUUCAAAUCAAGACUUUCAAAAGUCAACGACUUCUUCAGAUUUCAAUGAGUCCAGUUUAUCAACGGAGGAUGUCGAUCUGUGGACCAGCGAGGAGUAUUUUUCUGACUCCGGCAGCUUCGAGUAUGAUGAUGGUUUCCAUGAGAUAGUCAACAACAGUAUAGGAGUACCGUACUUCGCUGAGUGUGGCAACUUUAGUCUGAGCCGUCGCGUGAUAGAGUGCACUCCUCUCCCGGACGCGUUGAACCCGUGUGAAGACGUCAUGGGUUGGUUGUGGCUGCGUGUGUGUGUGUGGGUGGUGGUUGGCGCGGCGGUGGCGGGGAACGCGGCCGUGUUGGGCGUCCUACUGGCUCACCCUCGGGAUCUCACCGUGCCUCGCUUCCUCAUGUGCAACCUCGCCUUCUCCGACCUCUGCACGGGCGUGUACCUCGCGAUGUUAGCUGUCGUCGACCUGAGAUCGUACGGAGAAUUCUUCAAUUACGCGUACAACUGGCAGUAUGGUAUAGGAUGCAAGGUGGCCGGGUUCCUAUCGGUAUUCUCAGGGCAAUUAUCUGUCUUCACUCUAACGAUUGUGACUUUGGAGCGCUGGUUCGCAAUCACGUACGCUAUAUACUUGGAGAGACGGAUAUCUUUGCCGGCAGCCUCUAAGAUAAUGACCGGUGGCUGGCUGUUCUCCAUCAUGAUGGCGGGUCUACCGUUAGUCGGUGUAUCAGACUAUUCAUCCACCUCUAUUUGCCUGCCGGUGGAAAGCGAAAACGUCGGUGAUGCCAUAUACCAGGGCAGUCUGUUCCUUACUAACGCCGUGGCUUGGGUGACGAUCGUGGUUUGCUACGUACAAAUAUACAGGUCUUUGGGGGGCGGUGGCGAGAAAUAUGGAGGGAGAGGGGCGGCGGCGGCUGCUGAGAGGAAAAUGGCUAACAAAAUGGCGCUUCUUAUAGGAACGGAUCUACUCUGUUGGGCGCCGGUCGCAUUUUUCGGGGUAACAGCAUUAGCAGGAGUGCCACUAGUAGAUGUCAGUCACGGAAAGGUCUUGCUAGUCUUUUUCUAUCCUUUAAAUGCGUGCGCGAAUCCAUUCCUCUACGCGAUAUUAACAAAACAGUACCGGAGAGAUCUAAUAAGACUGGUGGCUCGGACAGGCUGGUGUGGUUGGUUGGUGGAGCGAUACAAGAAGCCCCCACCACCCCCCACAGCCCAAACACAUCCAUCAGCAUUACCCCUGGUUCACUGCAACCCACCCUCACAAAAGGAACCACAGCAAGAAACCUCCAAAUUAUUCUAG